AUGUACCGCAAGAAGUUCAUACCACCGCUUCUAAAAAGGCCUCCAACAGCUCCAACGACUGAUAAUACCAAUUCAGAACCUUCAAAAAAGAGGAUUAAACUAGAGCCACUAAGCAGUAGCCAAAAGAGUGCUGAUUUAGAUGGUGGGCGAUCGUCGCAGAGCUCUAAUGGGGCUCGAAAAAUGCUGCCUUCGUCUAGGAUAACAGCUGGCCCUGGGUCUCGAUUCAAUCCUCCAACAAUCAUACGCAAACCUUUGAUCCCAGUAUCAAAUCCUCCUGGGGUGGCUGAAAAAGCGGGACCGAUAUCGGUUUCUGACAAUGGAAAUGGCAGAUAUUACUUUAAUGUUUUAUGGCGCAAAUUUCAGGCGCGGAAACACAAAACGUGGGAUGGAGAUGGUGUACUGGCCAUUGUAAAUGGGAAUGCUACUUUGCAGGAUGUAAACGGACGGGAUAUUGCUACUGGCAGGGUCUCAAAAACACCGGUAGAAGGAGACGUUAUUAGCCUAGGCGGGAAAGAGGUUGAAAUCGACUCGAUCCUGCCGAAGUCCGACUUCAUGGCUGGUAAGCCAUUCUUAAAAUCCAAAGGGAAACAAACGGAUGCAGAACCAACUAUCCCUACGACCGAACUCUAUGCCAGGAGUACUUUCAAACCUCCACUAUUGUCUGGAACUACGGUUACGAAGAUAAAUCCCCAAAAGCCGGUGGCGAGGUUCGAUCCGAGCGCCGAAGGGGCAUUAGUUAUGAAACGACUAGAAAUUUCUUCAAAAAAUAAGACAGUAGUUGAUGUUGUCGUGGAUCCUAUCAUAUCUCGGCACCUCCGUCCUCACCAGCGCGAAGGUGUUUCAUUUCUUUACGAAGCAGUUAUGGGGAUGCGGCCAUAUGAAGGUCGGGGUGCAAUUUUGGCUGACGAAAUGGGCCUUGGGAAGACUCUACAGACGAUUGCUCUUCUAUGGACGCUUCUGAAGCAAAACCCCAUUUACAACCAAGGUCCAGUUGUUAAGAAAGCUAUGAUUGUCUGCCCUGUCUCUUUAAUCAACAACUGGCGGCGAGAGUUCAAAAAAUGGUUAGGAAACGAGCGGAUCCACGUUUUCGUAGCAGACGGGAAGAGCAACGUUAGAGACUUCACACAUGGCCCAGUAUACAACGUGAUGAUCGUUGGCUAUGAAAGGCUACGAAGUAUCCAAGACAAACUUAAGCAGUGUCAAGUUGAUAUAAUUAUCGCUGACGAAGGGCACCGGCUCAAAACAGCAGAGAACAAAUCUGCGCAAGCCAUUCGAUCUCUAGCGACGCCACGGAGAGUUGUUCUCAGUGGAACACCCUUGCAAAACGACCUUCGAGAAUUCUUUGUCAUGGCUGACUUCGUGAACCCUGGGAUUCUGGAAAACUACAGUACUUUUAAAAAACAGUUCGAGAAUCCUAUAGUCAAAAGCCAGCAACCCGAGGCUUUAAAGGCGGAUAAAGAACUUGGGAAUGCCCGAAAAGCUUCACUCGCAGAAUUAAUGAAUAAGUUUGUACUUCGGAGAACUGCAAAAAUCUUGACGAAAUACCUCCCGCCGAAGACAGAUGUAGUUUUGUUUUGUCGGCCAACGAAGCAGCAACUCGAACUAUAUCAAGCCAUCAUUAAUACCUCUGUUGCAAAGCGACAAAUGGGAAGCAUGGAUACUGCGUUACAACUUAUCACACUACUCAAGAAAGUGUGCAAUUCAACUUCGCUUCUCAAGCCGAAGGGCAAAGAAGAUGACGAGGCCAAAUUGUCGAACUCAAUUCUUGAGGAAGCGAAGGUAGCAGGAUCAGCUCUUGUCAAUAGCAAUAGCUCUGGCAAGUUAAAGGUUCUGGAAAAAUUGCUAGUGACGCUUAAGGAAACAACCCAAGAAAAAGUAGUGCUAGUUUCGAACUACACAUCGACGUUAGAUAUCCUCGAGAGAAUGCUUAACUCAAAGGGAUUUCAUCAUUUGAGGCUCGAUGGCAAGACACCAACAAAUAAACGACAGGACCUUGUCGACAAAUUUAAUCGUGUUAGCUCUGAUGUCGCUUUCGCCUUCCUUUUAUCAUCCAAAAGCGGCGGAGCGGGCCUUAAUCUCAUUGGUGCAUCACGUUUAUUCCUUUUCGACUCGGACUGGAACCCUGCAACAGAUCUUCAAGCUAUGGCGCGAGUCCACAGAGACGGGCAAAAGUCUCAUGUAUACAUCUAUCGUAUGAUAACUACCGGGUGCAUUGACGAAAAAAUAUACCAAAGGCAAAUCACAAAACAGGGUCUUGCGGAUUCGGUGAUGGACCAGAAGGCUGGAGGGUCCAACUUCACAUCAGCUGAACUAAAGGAUCUGUUCGGGCUUGAUACUGAAACAACAUGUAACACCCACGACUUGCUGGGGUGCGAAUGUGGGGAGAUCGGCGAGCCCCCUAGUGAGGAUAUUGAAAACGACGAAGAGGAUGAAAAAGACGAACCGAUUCAAAUGACCGGAUGGACAAGGGCGUCAGCUGUAGAUAUGGACAAGCAGGAGGAAGCUUAUAGGAAAGCAACUUCAAAAGCGAGGCAGAGGAUGAAGGCACUGCUUGAGUUCUCGCAUAUCAACCCUGACAAAAUUCCUAAGAGCGAGACUCGUGUUUCUUCGUCCAAACAACCGGUAGGGAGCGAGGAAGAUGGUGAUGGCGAAGAAGAGGAAGGGGAGGAACAACUGCCUAUUGUUGAAGACGAAAUCCUCAAGAGGGUGCUUGACGAGAACCCGAAAGCGAUUUCAUUCAUAUUUACCAAGAAUUCAAUAUAG